UCUGUCGCUCGGAAUCAUGGAUCCGAAUUGCGCGCCAAGAACUUCCGGGAACUAGCUUGCGCGUCUGCGUGAGUCACGUGACGUGCUAGCAUUUUGAACAUUCGUUGUCGCGACGCUCAUUCAUAGAUUUGCUAUUUAACGCCCUCUCUCAUUCGACGGCUCUGGUGGUGGCCAUGUCCAUCGAUAUAUUCAGUGUAGAGAUUCCCACGUUCCGACGUCACAUUUGAUGCACUUUUAUUUUGAAAGCGAGAACAGGAAGUCUCGCUGUUGUACCGUGUGUCGCUCAACACCGGGCUCUCCGCCACUACCGCGCUCAGUCGGUCCGUCGUACCGGAGACACCGGGGCGCCGCGUUCAAGUGUGUGACCCUGGAGACACUCGGUUCCCGCGGGUAAAGACGACACGUUCACACAGGUCUGCAGUUGCUCAGUCACCCGUCGUGAGCACCGAUCACCGAUCAACGAUCUUCUGCACCGAGCGCCGCUGCCGAUGUGGCGGUUCAACCCCCCGGCGGGUCGGUCGUGAAACACAGUGACUUGUCCGGACUCGUGCUCACCGAGGAGGAGGAGGAGGAGGAGGAGGAAGAAGAGGAGGAGGAGGAGGAGGAGGACGACAAGUACAGAAGAAUAAAGUGAGGAGAAGUGUGACACGGCUCUUUGUCCACCGAGCAGCCGGCGGGGGUGUUCACCGGUCGGGCAGGAGUCAUGGACGCAGCUGAGAUGGGCCGUGGUCUGGAUGGCUGACGCGACAGGGGGGGCGGACCAAUCACAUGACAAGAUGCUGGCUCGCAACCGCUUCCUCCUCUUGGUGGUGGUGGGCGGGGCGGCGCUGGCCGUCAUCAGUCUGAGCCUUCAGUUCUUGAACCUGAUCCCCACCACCCCCAUAGUCGAGGAGCGACCCUUCCAGGCCAUCGACGGAGGCGUCGGGGCUCCUCUGGGGAAGAGCAGAAAGCGAGUGAUCCCGGUGCAUCACGCCCACGAGCCCAACCCAAUAUCUGAGGCCUAUGGCUACUGCAACAGUCCCAACCACACCGAACAAGCCUGGGAGGGUCACAGUCCUGCCGACUACACGUUGCUCUCUGUCCAGGUGAUGAUUCGCCAUGGAGACCGUUACCCACUCUACUCCAUCCCCAAGACCAAACGACCGGCCAUCGACUGCACCCUGUCCAGCAGCAGGAGACCUUCACAUCCCCUGCUGAACUCCUUCAUCGGCCACAUGGGCCACGGAGGCCGAGGCCACUGGGAGUCGACGCUGGGCUCUGUUCCCCGUCUGCCCAACCACAGUGCCUGUGAGAUGGGCGAGCUCACACAGACAGGUGUGGUUCAGCACCUACGCAAUGGGCAGCUCCUCCAACAAGCCUACAAGCGCCACAAUCUCCUCCCCUCCGAUUGGUCCCCGCGCCAGCUGUGGGUGGAGACCACCGGGAAGAGCCGGACCCUCCAGUCGGGGCUGGCCUUCCUCUACGGCUUCCUCCCGGACUUUGAUUGGUCGAAGCUGACCGCGCGCCACCAGUGGAGCACGCUGUUUUGCGGCUCGGCCUGCGACUGCCCCGCCAGAAACAGGUACCUGGAGGAGGAGCAGAGGAGGCAGUAUCGGCUGCGGGUGGCCGACACCAAGCUGGAGAGGAAUUACGCCGACAUGGCGCGGACCUUGGGUCUGCCCACCCGCCAGCUCAGAGCCGCAAAUCCCAUAGACUCCCUGCUGUGCCACCUAUGCCACGGCCUGUCUUUCCCGUGCGUUCCCAUGGGGGAUGGCGGCGCCGGCGGAUGUCUGACAAUGGCCCAGUUUGCUGUGAUUCGCCGGCAGCAGCUAGACGACGAGGUGGAUCGGAGAAGAGUGGGGCUGUACCAUAAAUACGCCGUCCUGGCAAUGUAUCCCUACCUCAAUCGGACCGCUGCCAAGAUGGAGCGCGUUGCCAAGGGCAGCGAGGCUGGCCGUCAGCCUCGAGCAGGGGGCGAGGAGGUCUUCACCGUCUCCUCGGCUCACGACGUCACCAUGGCCCCGCUGCUCAGUGCCCUGGGACUGGAGGAGGCCAGGUUCCCACGCUUUGCGGCGAGAGUGGUGUUUGAGCUGUGGAAGAGUCCCCCACCAGCUCCAGGGCAGCUGAAGAAGAGAGCAGGCAAAGCGAAAGACGGGGAGCUGUUCAUUAGGGUGCUGUACAACGGCGAAGACGUAACGUUUCAUACCACCUUCUGUCGCUCACACGACCACCACGCCAGCCUGCCCCUCUGCCCUCUGAAGAACUUCCUGUCUUUUGUCAGGAGAGACAUGUUCAGUGUCGUCAACGCAACUUCCUACCAAGGGGCCUGCUACAGACGCCCCGGUUGACAGACGGAGACGAGUGCGAACGGGGAAGUGUGCAGAGUUUGCAGAUGGAUGUACUUUGUACUCUACUUUUUUUUUGUUUUCCACUUUUGAAAAUGGUGCACUUUUAUGCUGCUCACAGUGUCUUAAAAUUCCACAUAUUUUCCAAAUGUAGUCCUUAAACAUUCAUGAGCACAAGAUGAAACACACAGUACUGCGCAUCAUAUCCUGCUCAGAGGUCUCCACUUUCUAACCUUUCUACAGACUUCUUCGAAAUUCUCUUUUGAAUAUCGUACGUUUUCUCGAGCAAAACUUUAGAGAUGAACAAUUCAAGGGGAGUUGUACGUAGGGCUGCGUGAUGUGACCAAAGUCUCACACCCAUCUCAUUUCUUUCCCAGAUAACAACACAGGUCAGUACUCGUUAUUCAUGUCAUGGGGCCAGGUCUUUUCAGAUGUUGAGGUUACAACAUCAACCUUUUUCCCCUUCCAUCUUUGUGAUUUCUGUCAUCUCUCAUCCGUAGACUUUCUGUUUUACACGGUAAUUGCGUCGGUGGUAAAAAAGAGGUAAGUGCUGUUACGAGUCUUUUGUGUGGACUGUUCCGCUGCAUCAUUUUCAAAGUGCACUUUUCUGGUCCACAUCUGAAUUUUCAUACCCAAUACCACGUCCUUGCAACAGACAUUUUUGGAGCAACUUUCUUUUAGGUACGAGCCCCUCGCUUUUUCAAAGUCCCCAUCCUGUUCUGUGUCACCUUCACUCUCCCCCAUGUUUAUUUUCCUUGAAUUCAUGAAAACCUCCUGCCCUGCAUUUGUGCCAUAUAAACGAUAUGGCAGAAUACGAAAUAAUAGACUAAUUUCUAAUGUCACUCAUUAUUUAUCGCCACAUCGCACAGCCCUAGUUGUACGUCACUUCGCCACUUUAUUCCCACAUUCCCACAUUCCAUAAUAUCAUGGAAUUGUAAAAGUAUUCCCAAACGCCUGCAAGGAAAGAAAGGGAAUGUCUAAGCUGCAAAUAUCAUGCUGGAUUAGGAAUUCUAGGGAAAUAUUUUGAGUAUAAUAAUCUUUUCAACGAAAACACUUUUUGGCUUAUUUGGGCCAAAUGACUUAAUAUGACUGACGAUUUGUUAUUUUAUUAAUUCGUCGGUUUAGCAUUUCUUAGAUUUUUAAUGUUCAUUACAAUAACUGUCUCUUUCACUUAUUGCUGUGAAUCUUUUUUUUUCUUUUAUUAAAAUUGACUGCGGUACUUUGAAACUGUCAAUUGACAAAUGUUUUUUUCUUUCCAACUAAUUUCAGAACAAAUGUAUUCAUAAUAUUUUGGCGGCUCACAUUCCACAUGGUGUUUUUGCUUGAACGAAAUUAAAUCUAACUGUAAUCCAAGGUUCAUUCUGAAAUUAAACGGUGAAGCACA